AUGAUCAGGGAGUACCAGCCGGUGUUCCAGUUCUUCUGGACCGCCAGCGAGCGGCUGCUGGAAGAGCUGUCGGGCAACGCCACCAACUGCACGCUUAGCAAGCUGCCCUCGGCCAGCGACUUCUACGCAGCUCUCGGUCCAUUGCUGGUGUCGGCUAUAGUGAUUUCCACCGUGGCGUUUUUCUCCACGAUGGGGGUGUACAUCCUCAGCCUGCGGCAUGUCCUGUCUGGGCCUGCGUCCAAGCUCACGGGACCUACCGUCUAUGUGAUCAGCAUAUACCCGGUGGCGUCGGUGGUGGCGUUCAUGUCGGUGAUGCUGCCACGCUCGUUCUACCUGAUGGCGGCGCUGGAGCAGGACCUGUUCGCCAUCUCCGUGUACCAGAUGUUCUGCCUGCUGGUGGUCUACUGCGAGCGGCAGGGCGUCGGCCCCGGGGGGCUGGCCGCCCCCUCCCACGCUGACACCGGCUGUGGGGCCUUCUGGGGGCUGCCCUUCCGUCGCAGCUGUUGUCACCCCAUGAGCUUUACAAGGAGAUCGCUGCUGAAACUGCGGCUAGCCGUGCUGCAGAUGCCAGUGGUGCUGUGGAUCAUGUACGGCGUCUGUUACGCCCUCUGGUCUGAAGACGAGGCGUUGCUGGACGCGGCCUACCCGUACCUGGUGGCGGUGCAGCUGGUGUCGCUGGUGCUGGCGACGUGGGGCACGCUGUCGGUGGCCCGCGGGCUGUCCUCGGCACUGGGCGUGCCGCACGCCACCCACAAGUUCCUGGCGCUACAGUUGACUGUGCUGCUACCGCAGCUGCAGUGCCUCGUGGCCGGGUACGCCGCCAGCUUCUUCCUCUGCUCCGCGCCCUUCACUCCCGUCUUCUGGGCCAACCUGGUGGUGAACGUGCUGACGCUGCUGGAGGUGUUGGCCCUCAGCCUGUGGGCCUUCCAGCUCUACUGCCGCCAGGAGCCGGGCUUCCGCCGCUUGCCGGACGACACGGAGGUGGUCCGCCCAGCCAGCUGGCUGGCUUAA